UCACUCUGCUAGUUGGUGUUGUUAUUGUAAAAGGAAUGCUUUUUGUUUAUUCCUUGUCGGAGCAGAAGAGAAACUACACCGCAUAGAGACAAGCGGCAUCGCGGAUGGGUAAAACGAAACCGCGGAUUAGAAAACGAUACCGUGAGAGACCUUGGUAAUUGAUGCCGAUUAAUUAAGAACCAUAUCAAGUAAGUGCUUGGUCCAAAAUCCGCCAAGCCCAACACGAGUGCAAAGUCUCGGCUGUUUAUUGAAUUGGUAUUGUUUGGUUAUGUUGGAUGGUGUCGUUGAUUAAAAACGAUAUCGCGAGUAAGCCCAACGAUACCGCUUAAGGCAUCAACAACGCCGCGGUAUGGGUAAAACGACACCGUUUAAUUAAAAAAAAUACACCAUAGCGCGGUGACGAGAGUUCAACAAUGGCGUGUGUUUGACGACGUUGCGGACUCGACGAGGUAAUCUUAACUUCUCUUGACAAAAAAUGGAUAAUCUUAACUUCUCUUGACAAAAAUAUGGAUAAUCUUGAAAAAAUAUAGAUCGAUGGUGUGAUAAGUUGGAUGGCUGUGUUUCAGAUUUUAAUAUGUCAAUAUGUAGAGCCACGUAUGAUUUUGAUGUGUUUAAAUAUGAAACCAUGUCCGUUGUGUUUGAUGAUACUGCGGUGGUUGGGCGACCAUCUAAUGUCAACCAAACUCCAUCGCCGAGUCUGGCUACGGUAGUGUUGCCAGAAGCUAGCGAAUCUGAUGUGUCCCUUCAUGUGACCAACAUUGUUCUUAAGGACACACCUGAAGGUGCACUGAAGAGGGCACUACAAAGAGGUUUGAAUCAAUGUGAUUCUAGUAGGUUUGAAAACACGAAUAUGGAUGGACGAUCCAGUCACGAGCGUGUUGAGCAUGAAAAGCUCCACUCUGAUGUGUUGUCAAAGGAGCAUCACAAUGGUGUUCGAUCCGAGCCGCUAGGGGGGCAUGACAUCCCACUGCAUGGAAGAUUGAAGGAGAAACAAUUUCGUGGGUGGCAAAGAAGUUUGCCACACCCACCCUGCUCUAGGAAAAUUCAAACAAGGGUUGCCAAAAACACUCUUCAGUGGAGGUGGUGACCACGUGAAAAACCCCAAGGCCACGAAAGUUGGUGUAACUUGCCUAGCUCGGUCGUGUAAGUUUUCGCCAAAGUCGCCACCGAGUUUUGUGGGGGGCAAGUUCAAUCAAGCUCGACAAGGAGUUUCCGGAACAAUGCUUAUAAGGAACAAGUCUGCCAUGAGUGGUGGGCAGGGGGGCAAAUCCACUGUCCCGAAAACUCCAAUCUCACAUGAAAAUUCAAAAGAUCAUGGCACUUACAUACGUGUUGGUGGAGAUCGCAAGCGUUACUACCAACAAUAUGGUGAGGGUGUGCAACUUACAAAACAAAACCGGCCUGAGCAAGCGAGGCCGCAUGGUCGACUUGGCAAGACAAAGAUGCCAAAAAACAUGAAAGUCUUGC